AUGGCUGAUCAAAACUAAUAAUUAAACGAAGUUUUAGCUAAGGUUAUCAAGAGCUCUAACUGCCAAGAUGCCAUCUCCAAGGGUCUCCACGAAGUCUUGAGAACUAUUGAAGCCAAGCAAGCUCUUUUCGUUUGUGUUGCUGAAGAUUGCGAUUAAGGUAAUUACGUCAAGUUAGUUAAGGCUCUCUGCGCCAAGAACGAAAUUAAGUAUGUCUCUGUUCCCAAGAGAGCUAGUUUGGGUGAAUACUUGGGUCACUUCACCGCUAACGCUAAGGGUGAAAUCAAGAAGGUUAAGGGUUGCUCUUCUCUUGCCAUUAGAAAGUACGCUCCCGAAAUCACUGAAGAUGAAAAGAAGAUCAUCGAAGGUGCUCUUAAGGCUUGA